UACAGUCCAGUGUUCUACGCCUAAAACUCUUGUGUUCAUUGCCGAACACAAUUUGGUCCUUCGAACCGGAUAACGAUCCGGUAGUGUGUGAAAGCGUUCCGCGUGGCUUGAACAACGCGGUAGUGUGUCGUUUAAAAAGCGUGCCGCGUGGCUUCGACAGCGCGGUAGUGCGUAGUUUCAGAAGCGUGCACGUGGCUUCAACAGCGUGCUGUGCAGUGCAAAGCGUGGACGUGGCUUCGACAACGUGCGUAUCCGUGUCGGUCCGCGAGAGUAAACCGCAUCGUCGCGUUGUGACUUAAUCCGUCGUUCCGGAAUUCGUGUGGUGUCGAUUCCAUCCGGUCCGACAAGCGCGUCGAUUUUCGUGUGAUUUCCUCCGUCCGUGGCGACACACGCGUCGGGUCCAGUGAUCGUGUUCAGUAAAGCGAAGCUCCAGUCUUCCGCCGUAUUGUUGGGCAUUGCAUCCAUCGCUUCGGAUUCCGUGCUACCUUCCAUCCGCUGUGUCAAGAGCAGCGAAAUUCCUGUCUGCAUUCCCGUUGCUGACCGUGAGGAACUCGAUUAGGAUGCCGCCCAAGAAAACACCAGUGAAGAAAGUUCUGGAUCCAGCUGAGGACGGAGUACUGAGAGCACUGUUGCUCAACCGUGGAGCUGCUCAACGCAACGUUAGCAGAAUUCAGACUAUCCUGGAGCGAGCCGAAGCAGACAACGUCGAGCUAACCCCAGCCCAGAUAAAAGUGUACCAACGAAGCGUCGAGAAUGCCCACACCGAGUACACCCGAUUCCAUCAAGAGAUCAUCGCUCUGUCCGCGCAAGACGGACUUGAGGAGCAAGAAGAAUGUUACCACAAGUUUUUGGACCUGUACGAGGAGGUGUCUGUGCUGCUUGAGAGCUGGAACGAGAAGUUAACUGUGCCCCCAUCUCAGCAGUUACCAUGUGUCACAAACCAACAACCGAUCAUCGUUCAGUCGCAGUCCUUCGGUGCUCCACUGCCAACCUUCGAUGGUCAUUAUGAAGCAUGGCCCCGCUUCAAAGCCAUGUUUCAGGAUCUGAUGCAGCGCUCAUCAGAUUCGGACGCGGUGAAGCUAUACCACCUGGAAAACUCCUUGAAAGGAGAUGCCGCUGGUGUGAUCGAUCUGGAGACGUUGCAGGACAACGAUUACCAGCGUGCAUGGGACAUCCUGGAGGGAAGGUUUGGCAACAAGCGACUUAUCCUGGAAUCGCACAUUCUGGGCCUCCUAAAUAUGGAAAGGAUGGCUAAGAAGUCGUCGAAGGAUCUCCGGAGGCUCAUCGAUGAGUGUACUCGCCAUGUGGAGAAUCUCAUCAAGCUUGGUCAACCACUUUCAGGGAUGUCAGAGCUGAUCGUGGUAACCGUGUUGAGUCGUGCGUUGGAUGGUCAGACUCGUGAGCUAUGGGAAGCUUCAAUGGACCAGACGGAGCUUCCAGACUACGAGCAGACCAUCGAAUUCCUAAAGCAACGGUGCAUCAUUUUAGAGAGAUGUGAGAAUAGUACACCCACCGUGUCCCCGAACAUCAGAGUAUCCAACCAGAAGCCGCCUGCAUCCAAGUUCGUGCCUUCCAGGACGUCGCAUGCAGCGUUAGUAGUGUCGAAGUAUGUGUGUGACUUCUGUGCCGGACAGCAUCUAAAUUUUAAGUGUUCCAUGUUCCAGAAGUUGUCCGUGCAUCAGCGCCAUACCAGAGUGAAGGAGCUAAGUUUAUGCUUCAAUUGUCUAAGAAGGGGCCAUCGGAGUUUAGCGUGUCCUAACGGCAAGUCGUGCAUAAAGUGCUCUAAAAGGCAUCACACGUUGCUUCAUUUCGAGCGGAAGAGGACUCAAGCAAAGCGCACUGAUACACAGAAACCUUCCGAAGCCAACCCAGUACCCGUAGCGAUUCAGCACCCUGUGAAGUCAUCGUGUUCCAGCAAAGUUUCUCCAUCAACCAAACAUGUGUUCCUGAUGACGGCGAUGGUUAACCUAACUUCGAAUAACGGUCAAGUUCAUCGUGUGCGUGCUCUAUUGGACUCCGGAUCACAGAUCAACCUCAUCGCCGACUCAGUAGUGCAAAGGAUGAAGCUUCUGAAGUUUCCUGUGAACGUUCCAGUUGUUGGAGUCAAUGGUACUAGAUCCCAACUGCAUCACAAGGUGGUGGUGCAAAUGAGAUCAAAUUGUAGUGAUUUUACCACCAACCUCGACUGUUACACAGUUCCUAAGGUGACGGAUUCAACCCCAAUGGUACCUGUGAGUAUUGAUUCCUGGAGUAUACCACCCGGUAUUCUGCUCGCAGAUGAUUCUUUCCAUCGUCCCAGCGAGAUAGAGAUGUUGAUUGGAGCUGAACUUUUUGCGGACAUUCUGAAGCAAGGUCGGAUCAAGCUCUCUGAUCGCCUACCAUCCCUGGUCGAAACAGAGUUUGGAUGAACAG